AUGAAAUCGUUGGGUCCACACACUGUGGGACUCAUUAAGCAAAACCGAAGAGGAAAAGUUGUCUUUCGAGGGCGUUAUCGAUUGGAAAAAUUCGGUAAGUUUACAGAAUUGGAUGAGACGCCAGUGUCAUAUGAAUCAUCAGAACCGACUUCCUCUGAGAAAACGUCUACUGAGGGUUCGACUCCAGCAAACUUUGUGAUAGACGUGACUGAAGAUGAUGAAGAUUCACAAGCUCAGAGAGAUCAAAGUACCUCUAGUCAUGAACAUGAGUCGAGUGAAAGACAGGAUGAAAGGGAAAUAGGUACCGGUGAUGAUGGACGAGACUCAUUUGAAGAUCUUGAUCUUACGGGAUUUGAUAAUGAUGAUAUUGCGGCUUCUUUAGCUAGUAGUGCUAAUGUUGUGUCCAACGAGAUAUUUGACACGAUUUUUCAAAAUGUCGAUGAUAGUGUUUUGCCGUCAACUGAGAAAAGAAAAACGAGCGAAACUUUUACUCCAAUUUCCGAGCAGAUGGUGUCAACUUCAACUCCAAUGGAGGUAGUUGUGGGAUGUUCCCCUCCCGUGUCUAUUUCUCCUACAUCUGAACCAUUUGUCAGUGUAAUACCUCUACAGGCUGAGCAUCCUCAAUCUAAGAGGAGAAGACUUGAUGAAAGACAAUCCGAGCUAAUUACUAGUUUGGUGAGUGGUCUUCCUACACCACCAAUCACUACUGCUACUACACGACUUUCUGUAACAAAGAUGUUUGCAACUGGACCUAGUUCAGUCUUUGAUGUUGGUGGCCCUUCAGCUCCUCCUGGUUUUUCUGUUCCAAGAUUUAAUAGGGAUGCUGCUUCUGAGAGACUAGCUUUGCAUAUGGCAGAGGAACAGCUUCGUUCGUCUAGCCCUCAAGAAAGGAACAUUUCUAUGAGUGAAGGGGGUGUUCCUGAUGAUGAUUCAUCUGAUGAUAGUUUACGAAAGGAGAUCUCGGUUUUAAGUCAGAAGAACAUAGAGCUUGACAUUCAGGUAGCUGAACUUCGUGCUCAGAACAUUGAGCUACGUACUCAAGUGUCUAAACUUCAGUCGGAUAGAACUUAUCUUGGCGGACAACUUGCAGAAGUUAAGAGGGAUAGAAAAGUAAAAGAUAAGCAGAUUUCUGAUCUUCAAGAACAUUUCAAUCUGCUGACUUCAAGCUACUUCGAACUGAAAAAGAAACUGGAGGAUGAUUUUGUUGAAAAGUAUAAAACAAGCGUAGAAGAACAAAGAAUAAAUUUACAUGUACAAGCAUAUCCAGUAGAUGUGCCAGCUAGUCAGUCUUCUGGUUCUGCUGAGUGUAUUGGAGUUGUUCCUCCUAUGGCUUCUCAUAUUCAAGAGAUCAUUCGGAAAAAUCAGGAAGAUGAUACUAAAAGAGGGCAGUUGUUGUUCAAGCGAAAUGUUACUCAGAGCAAUUCUAAAGGGGAAUCUUUGAUCACUGUCACUGAUCUUGAAGUUGUUCGAUUCAGAGAUACUUUUGGAGAUCGGUCGGGUGUAGCUGCUUGGGGAUUUCAUGAUCCUCUUCGACUUUGGAUUAUUAUUCGCAAGAGUGGUAAUUCAGAGUUGUAUAAGGAUAUUCGUGCUUUUAGUUCAUUGACAAGGGUUGAUCUUACGGAGUUAUCACAAGCUCCGUUUAUCAAUCUAUUAAAUAAUUCUCAGGUUUCGCAGUUCAAAUUCUUUCUAGAUGAGCAAGUAAAGAAGGGAUUUCCUAUAAUGCCAACUGCUGAGUCAAUCAUUCUGGAACAUUCAGAUGUGUUUGAAGCUUCUUCUGAUAAACCACUACAGUUGGUUAUGUGGCCACCCACGACUCAAGUUAAACAAUUUCCCAUUGUUCAAGGUUAUAAAGACGGAUCUCUCGGUUCUAUGGAGUGUUGGGUUUAUGAUGAAAAUACUUGUGGUGCGGUCAUUAAGCUCAAGAAUGGGUGCAUACGGUUGUAUGAUCGAAGAGAGCUUCUGCAGUUCAGGAAGAGGGAUAUUAAUUAUCUGAGCAACUUUCAAAUCAAAGUGGUUGAAGAUAUCUAUGAACAAGGAGCCAAGGCGUAUACCAGGAUGGUUGCUGAGAUUUUGAGCAAAAGGAUGUGGAAUGGUGCUAUGGGUCAAUCGGAUGUCAUGCUGGUGAAGAAAGGAAUGGGGCCAAGCUAG